UGGAUAGGCAUGUGCCUUAACCACCAGUAUUAGUUCACCACCGGUUCUAUGUCUACCGAAAACCAGAGUAUGUCCUAAUCGGGUAGAAGGCCAAGUUUAUUUGUGUGUCGGUAACCGAGCCAAAUGAAAUAGGUCAAUUUGUACAGUUGCACAGGAACAAUACUACUUACUUCGUCAGUCACUGACAACUUGAGGAUCACAUGAUGUCCCUAAGGACAGAGGUACUUGCAGCAUACAAACGUGCCCUGAGACUGGCUUAUGGCUGGGGCAAGUACGCUUCACAACCUGAAGAUGUUUUGAUGGAAAAGAAGUAUAUUCUAAACGAAGCUAAACAAUUGUUUCGAAAAAACAGAAAUAUUUCAGAUGAGGAGACCAUUCGAAAUCACAUCAAAGAAGCUGAAACAAGAAUAGAAAUGGCCAUUCAUUACAAGACACCUUACCCAAGGCCAGUGAACAUACCUCAGAGUGUCCUGCCACCAUUAAGUGCUAAGUUAAAGAAAGGCCAACGGAGGGCUAUCAAACAAUCCAAACCUAUUUACCUCAAGUCUUACGAUGACAUUGAAACAUGACCAUGUGAUCAAUUUAUUUACGUUGACCUCCCUUAUGUAAAGGGAUUCUUCACACUGUACAUGUCACAGAUGUAAGCUCAUUAUGUAUUAUGUUACAUACAUUCACUUGAGUUGAACUACUUGUGAAUAAUGUUGGAUGCGUAGUGUGAUCUAUGACAUAUCACAAUAUAAAAUUUUGCCAUGGAAUGCUUAUCAUAAUAAAUGUGUCAUCAGAUGCGAAGUAAGCAUUAACUGAUUUUUUAUAGAUCAACAUAAUAUGACAUGUUAGCAAACUGAGUGUUGUUUGUAAGAUUUUAAUUAAGUUGAUGUUAUAAUUAAACAUACACUUUCUGUAUAGCAUUCUAGUCAUACAAGACAAACUUAAGUAUACUGUACAAUACAUGUAUCAUGUAUGUGUUUUGUACACUGUACAAUACAGUGUAGACAUGUAUGUGUUUUGUACACUGUACAAUACAGUGUAGACAUGUAGAUAAGAGCUAUUGUCUACUUUUUCUGGGUCAUUAAAUCUGUUUGAAAUCAA